UUAUAGUCAGCACUACUAUGUACAAGUAAGUUCCCGUCAAACAGUGAUACCAACAUUGUAAUUAAUGAAAUGUAGAUGUGAGUGAUUACGUAUUGUUGCGCCUAUUAACAUUUAAAGAAUGGUUUAUAAAUGCCAGGAGGAUAGUUUCUUAAAAGAGUUCACAUCUAAAGUCGUGACCUGCACUGAAGCACAGUUAAAAACAGUAACUAAUGGAAAGAAAAUUACUAUCAGUGGCUAUGAAGUUGUUCUGGAGGACACGAUACUGUUUCCUGAAGGGGGUGGACAGCCAUGUGACUAUGGCUUACUGGGCAGUGUGCCAGUGUUGCAAGUGACACGACGUGGGGCAGAUGCUGUCCACUUUGUGGAAUCCGCAUUACCAGUUGGUAAGCUGGUUACACAGAAGCUAGACUGGGAGAGACGUUUAGACCACAUGCAGCAGCAUUCUGGGCAACAUCUCAUCACUGCACUGGCAGAUAUACAUUUUGGGUACCCCACUACAUCCUGGUGGCUGGGUGAAGAGGAAUCAUAUAUAGAAUUUGAUACCCAAAGUGUCAAGCCUUCAGACCUGGACACACUAGAGGAACUUGUCAAUGAGAAAAUCCGAGCUGCAAAUCCAGUCAUCGUCACAGUCUACAAAGAAGGAGAUUCUGAGCUCAAGAGAGUGAGGACAAGAGGACUACCAGAUGACCAUAAGGGAGCAGUGCGUGUUGUGACAAUUGAGGGAGUGGAGAGCAACAUGUGCUGUGGAACACAUGUAACAAACCUGAGCCAACUGCAGGCAAUAAAAAUACUGCGCAUAGAGAAAGGAAAGAAGAAUAAGACCAACCUGCAUUUCUUAGUAGGAGGACGUGUACUGCGACAACUUUCAGCAUGUCUGCAUCGUGAAUACCAACUCACUGCUCUGCUCAAAAAUGGGCCUGCAGACCAUGUCAACCUGGUUGAUAAAUUGCAGAGGUCCCUCAAAUAUGCCAACAAGAAUCUGCAGGCUGCUCUUCGAGAUAUAGCAGCAUAUGAGGGUGCACGUAUCAAGCAACAGGUGCCCACUCCAGUUUACGUCUCACAUCACAGGAAAGAGGCUGAUUCUGACUUCAUGAGCAUUCUCAUCAAUGAGGUGGGAGAUCAAAAUGUGUUACUGUUCCUGACUGUGGGGGAUGAUAAAGGUGGUCAGAUGGUGCUACAUGGUGAACCAGCUACAGUAGCACAACUAGGCCCCCAGGUGUGUGCACUACUAAAUGGAAAAGGAGCAGCUAAAGGACCAAAGUUCCAGGCCAAAGUAUCCAAUUUUGCCAACCGCACAAAAGCUGAGGAAUUAAUCAGUCAGUAUUUAGCUGGUACUAGUAAUGACUGCUGACAUCAUAGAAUGUCUCCUAUGAUUCAGGUUUUCAUGGCAUUGAAAAUAAGGAUAUUGGUGUUUAGGACUAUAACAUAAUGUAGUCUUGUAGGUGGCUACAUACCUACUGCAUUGGAAUCAACAUAAUCACAACCAUCAUUAUAAUGUACAUAAAUUAUAUUAGUGUACUAGAUUAUAAAUAAAGUAUCCACACACUA